AUGGCUGCAUCUCAGGAUUCCAGUGAAAAUUUUCACUGGGCAGUCAAUGAUGAUUUGUUGCGAGUACCUACUCAUCAAGACUUCUCCGUGGGAGAAGAGAUUCCGAAGCCCCUGUAUAGUAAUGUCUUUGGGCGUGUGGACUUGACGAAUGAGGGGUUCAGGACGCAAGCAAACAUAACCUCUGAAGGACGAGUUGACAUUGACAUUGAUGAGCCUACAUCUCGAUUGCGGUCAAUCUUUAAGUUGCCCGCUUUUGGCGCGCACUCACGAGCUGCGACAAUAUCCACACCAGUCCCUCCUUCUCUGGUGCGGGGAGGAGAAAAGAAGCUUCCCCCUCUGAAUAUCGUAAUUCAAGUGGUCGGAUCCCGUGGAGAUGUUCAACCGUUUGUAGCCUUAGGACGUGUGCUGAAAUCUAUACAUGGCCACCGAGUUCGCCUUGCAACUCACUCGAGCUUUCAAGCGUUUGUCGAAGAAAAUGGGCUCGAGUUUUUUAGCAUAGGAGGUGACCCCAUGAAACUGAUGGCUUUCAUGGUGAAAAAUCCGGGACUAAUGCCCGGAUUUGACGCCCUUAAGAACGGCGAUAUUCAUGAACGUCGCGUUGAAAUUGCAACCAUCAUUUCGGGCUGCUGGAGAUCGUGCUUUGAAGCUGGUGAUGGAACCGGUGUGCCUGUUUCUGAUCGCAAUGCAGAUUUACGAAAUUUUCAUGGAAAGUCAGCCCCGUUUGUCGCCGAUGCUAUAAUUGCAAACCCGCCAAGCUUUGCACAUAUACACUGCGCGGAAAAAUUGGGAAUACCUCUACAUAUGAUGUUUACUAUGCCGUGGUCACCUACACAAGAUUUCUCACACCCUUUAGCCUCUAUUAGCCGGUCAAAUGCAGAUGCUGGUAUCACAAAUUAUGUGAGCUAUGCUAUUGUGGAGAUGAUGACCUGGCAAGGACUUGGCGACAUCAUUAAUCGUUUUCGCGAGAAGAGCUUGGGACUCGCACCAAUUAGCAUUAUGUGGGCACCUUCAAUGAUAUCUCGAUUAAAGAUACCACAUACAUAUUGUUGGUCUCCCGCUUUAAUUCCAAAACCCAAUGAUUGGGGUAGCCAUAUUGAUAUUUCUGGCUUCUUUUUUCUGUCAUUGGCAUCGAAUUAUACUCCCCCAGAUGAUUUAGCUGCUUUCCUUGCUGCAGGGCCUCCUCCGAUAUACAUAGGUUUUGGAUCGAUUGUGGUUGACGACCCUAACCACAUGACGCGUUUGAUAUUCGAUGCUGUCCGUCUGGCAGGCUGCAGAGCUCUAGUUUCUAAAGGAUGGGGCGGACUUGGAGCCGAAGAGUUGGGCGUUCCGGAAGGGGUUUUCAUGCUUGGGAAUUGUCCGCAUGAUUGGCUAUUUCAACGCGUGUCGUGCGUUGUUCAUCAUGGAGGAGCCGGUACUACUGCAGCGGGAAUUGCAGCGGGCCGGUCCACCGUCAUAAUACCCUUUUUUGGUGACCAGCCUUUCUGGGGUGCCAUGGUCGCCAAGGCCGGUGCAGGACCCAAGCCUAUACCGUACAAACAAUUGACAGCGGAGAAACUUGCGACCGCUAUCAGUCAAGCCUUGGAGCCAACCACAUCCGAAAAGGCAGCCUUGCUAGCUGGCAUUAUUGAGGCAGAGCGUGGCACUGAUGUCGGUGCAUGUUCUUUCCAGAGUCAUUUGAAUGUGGACAAGAUGCGAUGCUCCCUAGACCCAAACCGAACAGCUGUAUUCCGUAUCAAACGAACACAGAUCCGCUUAAGCGCCCUCGCUUUCUCCAUACUCAAUGCGGAAAGGAAGUUGGACUUGGAAGACGUGAAACUGUAUCGACCUCAGGAAUAUAUGACGGAGCCCGAACCUAGCGAUCCGAUCAUUGGAGGAGGUGCAGCUAUGCUAGACAGUAUCGAAGAAUUCAUCAUGGGGUUUGCAGAUUUGUCUAUGGACGUCAAACGGAGUCUGAACACGAGAAUAUCAAGAUCUGGGUCGCAAUCGCCAGCUAGCACAUAUCGGAGAUCGCUUAGCAACAGUCGAAUGAGUUCGCCAGUCACUGUGACGCGGUUUAAAGUAGACAGUGACAAAGAUGCGGUCCAGUCCCCUAUAGAAACUAUGCCACAAUCCACCGAUACUUCCGCUUCGAGCCAUGUACCUAAAUCAACGCGUCCUGCUACUGUGCCAGCGGACGGUGGUUUGCCUGAAGAUCAUGAUCAAACAGAAGCAGAGUCUUCGGAGACGCAGCACGUACAAGAGGUGUAUACUAGGAAGCAUGCCCGUACAAUCAGCGAUAUCCGUGACCUCGACCUCGACGGACUUGUGGGUACUGCAAGGUCCGCCGCGAAACUGGUCAAUGUGGGACUUAGAGUCCCUGCGGCAUUUACAAUGGCGGUAGCCAAAGGAUUUCAUAACACACCGUUGUUGUAUGGAGACGAGACUGUUCGUGAACAAUCAAAGGUUACUGGCAUCAAGAGCGGCUUGAAGGCCGCUGGGAAAGAAUUUGGAUACGGCCUUUACGACGGUAUAUCUGGUCUCGCUACACAGCCGAUUCAAGGUGCUAAGAAAGAAGGCGCUGCUGGCGCAAUCAAAGGGUUCAGUAAGGGAAUCGGUGGUCUAAUUUUGAAACCUGUUGGAGGAGCUUGGGCGUUGACAGGUUAUACGAUGAGCGGGAUUUACCAAGAGAUCCAAAAGCGGUUUGGCGAGAGUGUUGAGAAUUACAUAAUAGCCUCACGAUGUGCUCAGGGAUUGCUAGAUCUUUCUAAUUCCACUGCAGAUGAGAAAAAACACAUUCUACAAAACUGGGCUUUUGUUGAAGAGGAGGUUAUGGUGAAGAAAAGUGCGAGACACUCGCGUGGCAGGUCGCUUGAUGGGAACCCUGAGCGAUCAAGAGAGAUCAAAGAAAACAAAGCCAGUAUUGGAGAAAGGUGGAGAAGGGAGCCAACCAAAACAAACUAUCGAAAGCUGAUCAGUGAGCUGCUCCAUGGUCGUGACGAUUCUUCUUCACCUACGGCUCUCGACGCAGGACUCCCGGACGAAUAUGAACACACUAUUCGACACUCGGUAGCUGUGACUUCACAGGGCAACGAAACUGAAGAUGAAAUGAUUGAGCGUGCUCUACGGGCUAGUAUGAAAGAAUUGAGAGCUGCACAGGCUGCUGGCGAGGAAGAGGAACGGGCUUACGAUCUUGCGGUCAAAGCCAGCAUCAGAGAGGCAGAACAUGUACUAGCAGAGAAGAAGGAAGAGAAGGAACAUCAAUCUGCCGAUCAAAUAGCAUCAUCUAACCCUUAUGAGUCUCAAUCGAUAGACAAACCAAACCAAAAUCAACAGCAGCGAGGCCCGCCGCCUGAGUUACCGCCGCGCGGACGCGCACCUGACGCUUAUGAUUCUGAAUUGCAAAAUGCAUUGAAUGCGUCACAACGGAGCUAUGAAGACAGUCUACGACGGGAACAGCGAGAGAAGGAGGAGAUGGACAUCGUGAUGGAAUUUGUGAGACGCCAGAGUUUAGCUGAAUUAGAGCAUAAUAAGCGGCGCGGCGAAGCAGAGCAGGAAAAGGCUACGGAACGGUGA